AUCCUAACUAACAAGAGUAUAAGCAAGAGCGAAUUUACUAUAUAUAAUAAUAUAAUCUACUACUUAUUAACUAAAAAUAAGCGGGUAACGAGAAGUAUACUAGCGUUAGAGGUUUAUAAUAUAGUUAACGGUAUUAACCUCUCUUAUACGAUUUUAAUAACGCUAAAGAAAAUUACUAAUCGAAUUAGCCUUUUACUUAUUUUAAUAGUUAUUUAUACCGAUUCUUACUCGCUAUAUAAAUACCUUAUUAAAUUAAGAACGAUAAAAAAAAAGAGGCUUAUAAUAAAUAUUAUAGUUCUUAAGUAA